AUGCCUUUUCCAAUAUCUUUUAACUCUAUGCACGACGAAAGACAUGAGAACACUUCGCGUCUUAUAAAAAUCAUAAAUGGUCGUUUAAUUCGUGAUCACAAAAUUGUGGAAGACGACGUACUUUAUAUAUACGAUGGAAAAAUCCUCGACUCACAAAAUUAUUUUUUCUCGGCUAAUGGAGAUGUUCCUGAUGAAAUAAUAGAUGCUAAAGGAUUGUUGAUCUCACCCGGUUUUAUUGACGUGCAAAUCAACGGCGCAUUUGGUUCAGACUUUUCGGAUUGGCAAGGAGAGGAAAAUAUGAGAUGUAAUGUGGAUAAUGUAGCAAAGGGAUUGUUGAAAUAUGGGUGUACGAGUUUUGUUCCUACCAUAAUUAGUUCGAAGUCGGAAAUAUAUCAAAAAGUUCUUCCGGUCCUCAAAACUCGCAAAGGAAAUAAAACUAAUGGGGCAGAAGUUCUAGGAGUACAUCUCGAAGGUCCCUUUAUACAAUCAAGCCAACAUGGUGCACACGAAGUAUCACAUGUUCGGACUGCACCGAAUGGUUUCUCCGAUUUUGUUGAAACUUAUGGAUUACGUGAAGGCAAUGAUCACAAUAUAAGAUUAAUAACUGUAGCACCCGAAGUCGAAGGUGUUUUGGAUAGUCUGAAGGAUUUAAUUCGGAUUGGAGUGACCGUUAGCAUAGGACACUCGUCCGCCACCGUCGCGCAGGCUGAAGAAGCAGUUGAAAAGGGGGCCAAAUCAAUUACGCAUUUAUUUAAUGCAAUGCAACAGUUUCACCAUCGAGAUCCAGGGAUUAUUGGUAUGUUAGGUACUACUCGCAUACCCAGACCAUAUUAUGGAAUUAUAUGUGAUGGCAUCCACGCUCACCCCAAUUCCAUUAAGAUUGCAUAUGAUUCCCAUCCUAGUGGGGCCAUUCUUGUUACCGAUGCUAUGGCUGCUAUGGGUUUACCUCCAGGUGAUUAUACUUUUGGCGGAAUUCCCGUUCGCAAAACAGCGGACGAUAAAGUCGAAGUCAUAAAGACUGGGCGGCUUGCAGGAUCCGUUAUUACCAUGGAUUCUUGUGUUAGAAAUUUCAAGAAAUUUACGGGUUGUUCGAUUAUUGAAGCUAUAGAGGCAGCAACCUUACAUCCAGCUGAGCUUCUGGGCAUUCAGCAUAUCAAAGGUACACUUCACGCAGGUGCAGAUGCUGACUUAGUCUUUCUAAAUGAAGAUCUUAGAAUUGUUAGAUGUUUUAUAGCUGGGGAGGAGAUUGAGAUUUGA